UUAUCGUAAAUAUAGCAGUCGAUCGACGGAGUAUUCUUAUUAACCUAUGAAUACAUGUAAGAGAUCUGUCUCGUUCGUCGAGAAUUUGCAGUUCGAGAUUUCCGAUAAUUUGAACAACGAAGCUUUGGUGCUAGCCGAUGUCGACAAUGAUGGUGACAAUGAACUUGUAGUUGGACAAAUCAAUGGCGAAUUGUUGAUAUUCAAGGGCAGCUCUGUCAAACCUUACAAAUCAUGCCGUAAUUUGGGUAUGAUAACUUGUGUUGGAGUGGGAGACUUUCGGAAUCAACGGGAAAAUUAUCUUUUCUGUGUAACAGUGGAGGGAUGGUGUCAUAUAUUCUUUAUUACUCCAGAGACAACACAAGAGACUGUUAAACCAAUUUCCUCCCUUCUUCUUCCUUCCAAUUGUAAGAUCAUUUUGUUGGCAGAUGUGGAUGGAGAUGGAAUGCUGGAACUUGUAACAGGUCAUGCAGAUAGAGCUGUGUAUAUCCACAAGUUGCAUGUUGCGAAAGAGCAUCAUAAGCAGAGUGACGUCUGUGAUCAGCCAAGCACAGAAAAAGAAGACAAGAAAAAAAAGGUCAAGCCAUCAGUGUCUACCAACAGACAUGAUUUGGAUAAAAUUACCGAAAACAGCAUAGAGACAGCCCAAAAAUUGAAUGGAAAAGAUUUAAAGCAAGAAGGAACAAUUGCCAAGUUGUACCAUGUAGGAAACAAAGUGUCAGGAGAUGCAGUUCAAAAGCGAACCGUGUCUUUUAAGGUUGAGGAAGUCCAUCACUGGACAAUUCCAAGACAGAUUGGUUCCCUUGUAGUGUUUGACAUGGAGACAACCAGGUACCUUUUGGCCUCAUAUCCUGGGGGUUCUUAUAUCAUUUUGAAUUCAUGGAAUUUGAGUGAACAACAGAAAGAUGGUGACCAGAUGUCAAGCUCAGCUUCCAAGUCCACUUUUAGACAAUUUCCCCAUGUCUGGGGAAGAAGUAAAGACAUUCCUUUAAAUUUACUCACUCUAAAAUGUUGCGAUCCUGAUGCACCAGCUUCCUGCUUAGAGAAACAUUUAGUGCUAUGUACUCAAGAUGGUCAGGUGACUCUACUUUAUGGAAGUAAGCUUCAGUGGUCACUUUGUAUCGAGCAAGGCUUCUACAAUCUCUUUGCUCUGUCAAAACUCGACAUUACUGGUGAUGGCAAUGAGGAAAUAGCUUUAUGCUCUUGGGAGGGAAACACUUAUAUAAUUGAUCGCCUUAAGAAUGUGGUACAGUUCAGCUUUGGUGAAAAUGUGAUGGGUUUCUGUGCAGGGAGUUAUGCUUUUUCACCAGGGAAGAACCUUCCUGCAUUGGUUUAUGUGACAUCUUCCAAUCGAGUGAUCAUCUAUUGGAAUGCAUGGCAGUCCUUAAUGGUUCCGACUUAUCUGAAUCCUUUAACUCCUGAGAUCUGAUUGUUAAUUCUCCCUUCUAGGUGCUACACAUUUUUUUGUAAUUAGUUCUGUGAAUUUGGUGUUAGAUUAAGAUAACAACUUAUGCCUUAUGUGAAAAGUUUGAGUAUUUCCAUUGUCUGUUUGCUGGAUAAUGUAUGGAAAGAAGUUACAUGUUAAUCCCUCUGGGAGUUAAAGGGUUAAAGUCAAAAUGAACCAUUAAUCAUUUAUUAUAAUCAUUAUCAUUGUCAUUAUCACUGUCACUGUCAUUAUCAUUGUUAUUAUCGUUAUCCUUGUCAUUAUUGUUAUCAUUGUCAUUAUCAUUAUCACUGUCAUUGUUGUCAUUGUGGUCAUCACC